AUGGCGCAGUCUAAGCUGGUCUGCAUCAUCAUAUCUGCAACAACAGCAUAUACAAGUCCCAUAAAAGCACUUGAUUUCCUUGAGGGUCAUGCCCAAGAGGUUGAUAUGGCUUUGGUAGCAGUGCACAUGGAAGAGAUGCAUGGUUUUCAGUUCCUCGACGUGGUUAGAGAGGACCAUAAAGACAUUCAAGUGAUUAGUAAUGGAGAAGAACAAGAUGUAAGUUACUGGAAGGAGAGUGCUAAAACGAAGAAAGGUUAUAUUUGUUGGAAUGAUUAUCUGCAUAGGAAGUUCCUACAUGCUCUUGAAAUACUUGGAGAAGGUGCUGCUUCUCCUAGAAACAUAGAGAUUCUCAUGAACGUGGAAGGUGUUAAUCGCAAACAUAUUUCUUCUCAUCUGCAGAAAUAUCGAAAGCGCAUGGAAGCAGGGAAACUAAACAGUGCAUUGGAUGCAACAAAGUGCAGAACUAGUGCCUCAAAAUCCGAAUCUGCAAAGAGUCAUCAGGAAAGCCCUAACAAUAGCCCAGACAUCCAACAGGAAGAAAUGACAGCUGAUGAAGACAUGCCCCAUGCUCAGAUGGGAAGCUUCUCUGACAACAAUGCUCAUGCCGCAAUGCGAAGAUCCAUUCAAUUUAGCACCAUGUAUGAUGAGUCCCAAUAUCUCUAUUUUUCUUCUAGUGAUGGUGGACUAGAUAUGAUGGAAGAUAGAAAUGAUGACACAUGUGCUUUUGGUUUUAGUGCACUAGUUAGCGCUGCUGAAACUUUCUCCGCAGAUGGCACUAAGGAGAUGUUGAACAAUAACAGUUCUGUGGAGCAAGAUUGUCAAGGUGACAAGGUGGGCAAAGCUGUAAAGCUUGUGGAAUAUUCAGACUCCGAGGCUGAUGAGAUAUAG